UGGUUCUUCACCUUCAACCGCUUCAGUUUUCUUAAAUUUGACAGAAAACAUGGCAAGAUUUUGGUUUUUUACUCCACUUUUAAUUUUGUCUUUUGCAGCUUUUUUGCUGGCAUCGAACUCCAAUUUAAUGAAAGUCCCUCAAAGUCACAGAGCUGCUGGAGUCUUCAUGCUUAUAGAAGAAGGAGGAGAGUACACCUUCAACUUCUCUGCUGCCACAGCUGCCUGUCCGUUUCUGAACGUCACCCUAGCGACCAGAGCCCAGAUGGAGCGAGCAGUACAGCGUGGACUGGAGACGUGCAAAUUUGGCUGGAUAGCUGAACAGAUUGCAGUCGUGCCACGACUCAGAUCUGACGCAAAAUGUGGAAAGGGCAAAACUGGAGUGGUGACGUGGUCCGCCAAGGCAGAUCAAACGUUUGGUGUCUUCUGCUUCAAUGCCUCAGAUUUAGAGGAAACUCUAAACAGAUCAACAGCCAGCCCACAAAGCUCCACGCUCCCCACCACGCUGACUGCACUGACCCAAACCCCAACACCUGCCACACCUCGGCUCAGAUCAACAACCAAGGGUCCACCUUCAAGAAAGCCAAUAACAACAAAAGCCUCUGAGCAGACAUCUUUCACUUCUGCUUUCACUCUCCCGAUCAAGACAAUACAUUCAACUAGGAUUUCCUCCACCUUCACUACUUCCAAGCCUUUCUCCAUCCAUAUUCCUACUUCUCUUUCUCACCUUAUCACCUCAAAACCCACCGUCGAUAGUUUUGCCAUUUCUACAUCUGCCUCCAGUGUCUCUGUUUCCUCUGAGUCAGUGAUGCCAUGGCCGACGAGAUCUGCAAAACUUUCCCUGGGAGAUGUACCUACAGCACUCAUCAUUCUUGGCAUCAUCUUUCUGCUCCUAACUGCAGCAGGCGUCGUGUGGUACUACAAACUGAAUAUUUCCACCUUUUGGUCUCAGGGGCAGCAGAAGGACGACAUAGAGACAGAGAUGUGGAAGCACACCGACAGCGAGAUGGACCUGCACAGUCUACAUGAAGGAGAAGAAGAAGAAGAAGAAUCAGACAGGAAGUACUCCAGUGAUAUCACGCUGUGUGUGCAUCCAGACAUCAAAAGUUUAUAGCUUCAUGAUAUUUCAUAUUUCUGUGGGGGUUUACUCAAGUCGUUUCAAUAAAUUACAGCCACAGUGUUACCUGA